AUGUCCAACAGUAGCUACAUCAAUGCACUAGUAUGCUCUCUCUACGAUGAGAGCCAGGAGCACAACCAUAGCACGUUAAGCCCAUCCAAAGUUCCCCAAGGUCAGGACGUCACGGUCAACACUCGCCCGAAUCGGACCACUCCUUCAUCGAUUGAGUUAACCAAGGACAAUCCUGAUUCCACGACUUCAAAGAGCCAACGCAAGCAGCCCCCUCCUUCCAAAACCGCCGAGGAUGGCGCAGUGCAAGGACGAUCGCUUGUUGCCUACAUCACAAAACUCAAAGUGUCAAAGUUUUGCAGGCUCUACAAGAAGGCUUGGAGGCAGGAGAUGUUUGCUCUCGCAACGGCCCAACGCGUUAUCACUACUGACAAAAAGUCGCCUCGCUUUUGGGAAUUUUUGCUCGUGUUCGACCCAACAUUAAUUGUUCAACGCGCCAAGCCGUUGACUUGGAUGCGUCUAGCGCCAUCCAAAUUCUAUGCUAAUCUUGCUAUCAUUCCUCACAUUGUGGAGGAAUUUGAGCGACUAAAACGAGAGCUACAAAUAGCCAAAGCUCAGUCCAAGUUUCCACCAGAACAAGGCUGGAACCAGACCAAACUUCUUUGCUAUUUACACACAACAACAAUCCUAUUUUAUGACGUCUGCGCUCCCUCCAUUGUUCUCCAACACGACAGGAGAAAAUCUCCACCAUCACCAGAUGAGGGAAAUCCGCAUUUGUCACCACCACCGGAGGACGGAAAAUUUGCAUCAGAGGUAAACUCAGUGCUGUCAACCUUGUCCUAUGCCUCUUCCCACAGAGUGGCACAACCUGGGGACGAAGACUUUGAGAGCGAUAAAGAGGAAGCUCUGUUAAGCCCUGUCUCUGAUGCCAAAGAUUACCCCAUGCUCAAUUGCAACCCAAAUUCCAGCUACACCAUUCUGGAGUUACCAGCUGAAUUGGUUGAAGGUGAUGAAGCCUAUACAGAGGGCAAUGCUGCGGUUGGAUAUUAUAGGGGCAAAAAGGACAAUGCAGAGACCCUCCAGGAAAGGGACAUUGACUAUGAUGACAUUUCUGCUGAUGAGCUUGACUGGAUAUACUGGAUGGGACGUAAGCUCUUGGAGGACCACUUUCCCACCAAAGGUUUUAAGGACCGUAAACAGGUUCUCUCUAGAGUACAAGCCCUGGAAAGAUCCGGGGAGGGGUCACAAAUUGAUGCUUUGGAAGAGGAGAAGGCAAGGAAUGGAAGGAAUGGAAGGAAGAAAGUAGGUCUUCCUGAAGAAUUCCCUAACUCUUGGAAACCUGCUGAAAACAAGAGGAAGAGGAAAGCUAACACUGGACUUUCCACAAAACAAGGCCAGUGGAAAUCGGGCUCGUUCUCCCAUGCCGAGAACAGCUUGUUUCCAAAGACCACUUCUUUUUUAUUGUUGCGUUGA